AUGGAUACGCUCGUAGCACGGUACAGCCGCCCGGCUUACCAUGAGAACGAAGAUUUCUCCGAGGAAGAGCGGCAGGGCCUCGUCGAUUCUGUACCCAGUCUCUCGCUCAAGUUUGCCAUGCCGCCCGUAGCUCAUCCCUCCGCCUGGCUCCGCGCCGCCACAGAUGACCGGUCCAACCCGUCCUGCCCUAUCAAGAUUGCCCACGGCACAACGACGCUCGCGUUUCGCUUCCAGGGCGGCAUCAUCGUGGCGACGGACUCGCGCGCGACGGCGGGAAACUGGAUCGCUAGUCAGACAGUCAAGAAGGUGAUUGAGAUCAACAGCGACCUGCUGGGCACUAUGGCCGGCGGCGCUGCCGACUGCCAGUACUGGCUGGCCUGGCUGGGCAUGCAGUGCCGGCUGCACGAGCUCCGGCACAAGCGCCGCAUCAGCGUGGCCGCCGCCUCCAAGAUCCUGGCCAACCUCGUCUACCAGUACAAGGGCAUGGGCCUGUCCAUGGGCACCAUGUGCGCGGGCGUGACCAAGGAGGAGGGCCCGGCGCUCUACUACAUCGACUCUGACGGCACCCGGCUGGCCGGCAACCUGUUCUGCGUCGGCUCGGGCCAGACAUUUGCUUACGGCGUGCUCGACGCCGAGUACCGCUACGACCUGUCGGUCGAGGACGCCCUCGAGCUUGGCAGCCGUAGUAUCCUGGCGGCCACGCACCGUGACGCCUACUCGGGUGGCUUCAUCAACCUCUACCAUGUCAAGGAGUCGGGCUGGGAGAAGCAUGGCUUCAGCGACACGAACCCCAUCUUCUGGAAGACGAAGCUUGAGAAGGGCGAGUUCAGCAACGUCACGAGCGACCUGUCAGAGCGAGUGUAG